AUGCUGGAGCCCCCACCUACAUGUAUGAGUUUCAGUACCGCCCAAGCUUCUCCUCAAACAUGAAACCCAAGACGGUGGCAGGGGACCAUGGGGAUGAGAUCUUCUCUGUGUUUGGAGCCCCAUUUUUAAAAGAGGGGGCUUCAGAAGAAGAGAUCAGACUUAGCAAAAUGAUAAUGAAAUUCUGGGCCAACUUUGCUCGGAACGGGAACCCCAAUGGGGAGGGACUGCCCCACUGGCCAGAGUACGACCAGGAGGAAGGGUACCUGCAGAUUGGCACCACCACCCAGGCAGCCCAGAAGCUGAAGGACAAGGAAGUGGCUUUCUGGAACAAGCUCCUGGCCACAGAGGCAGCGGUGAAGCCAUCCCAGAUAGAGCACCUUGAUCUGUGAACAGAAGGCCCCACCAGCCUCCAGAGCCUGGAGGAGCCACAACAGGGGUGUCCCACAGAUGGUGACUGUGGGUCAGAGAGGUGUCUCAUUGUGGAGUCUGGGGGAAUUGUUCCUGGGGGGUGGACACACAGGCCAGGGAGGGGCAGUUUUUGUACUUGUGACCUCAGUUGUGGAAAUAAAUGUUUUUUUGGAG